AACUAUUCCGAAUAUUUCAAAGAACACAAAACAACUAAAAUAAAGAUAGUUGAGGGCGAGUCCGACGACUACUAUAAGUAUCAGCAAUUAUGUAGAGGAGAGACACUCAAAACACCGCAAGAAGAGAAACACUUGAGAUGUUAUGUCACAGACAGAGGACAUCCACUUCUUGUUUUACAGCCCAUUAGAGUGGAAGUACUGAACGAAAAUCCUUCGAUCGUAAUGUUUCAUAAUCUGAUGACAGACUAUGAAAUAGAACUUUACAAGGAAUUGGCCACUCCUAUGCUGACUCGAGCGCGGGUCCAAACUGAAAGCCAUAGCGACGAGGUAUCCAAAGUGCGGACGAGUCAAACCGCUUGGUUUUCGCCACAAACUCAUAAAGUGGUCAAAAAUAUCAAUCUUCGAGUGGAGGCCGCGACCGGCCUUUCGGCGGAUAUGGAUAAAAGUCACUGUGAAUUAGUGCAAAUCGCCAACUAUGGGAUGGGCGGCCAUUAUGUUCCUCAUUAUGACUAUUUAAUAGUAGACCGACCGCCAGAGGAAAGGCGUUUGGCGCCCGCCAUAGAAAGGGCCGCCGGCGACCGAACGGCAACCCUUAUGUUUUACUUAUCAGAAGUGAUAAGAGGGGGUUCGACUGUAUUUACCCGAUUGGGCACUAAAGUGAUACCAGAGAAAGGCGCCGCUGUUUUCUGGUAUAACCUCUAUAGGAAUGGCGAAGGCAUUGAGGACACAGUGCACGGCGCCUGUCCUGUACUCAUGGGUGAAAAAUGGGUUGCCAACUAUUGGAUCAGAGAAAUAGGACAGACGUUCAAACGAAAGUGCUCUUUGGAUCCAAACGAAUAAAUGUCAUUAACAAGUCAUCAUUUGUGCAAAAACUAUGUGAAUAUUAUGG